AUGUCAGUAUCAGCACUUACUCAUCAACAAACAGUUGUUAGAUUAUAUCGUAAAUGUUUAAAGUCAAUCAGAGAUUACUCUGAAAACUAUGACUACUUCCUCAAACAAGCUACUAUCUUGCGUAACACUGUCAAGGCACACAAGGAUGAAACUAAUCCAUUCCUCAUUAAACAAUAUAUGAACGAUUUUGAAAAAUGGUCUAAUAACUGGGAACACCCAGAUCCAUAUAUUCCAUGUGAUGCCCCAGGUGGCUCAAAGUGGCAAAGAAACAUACCACCAAAACAGUGGCAAGUUAACCCAGCUAGAUACGAUCUUAAUGUAGAAUAA